AUGUGGUUGCGACGCAUAUCUAUAGCCGUAUCACGCGCUAAGUUGUUGUUACAAUCGCGCAUUCAUGUUCAUUACAUAAGCCCGUGCAGGCUGCUUAAAGUCGCGGCUUAAAUAUAUUAUAGCUAUGAAGCGUCAACUAGGGCACGCUGAACAGGCAGGUCCAGCAAAGAAAAGAGCGUUUUGCCCACCUCUUGUCAGUAGAACAUCACUGCACCAGGGUCCCAGUGCCUUACCUGCAGCGAAUGCUGCACAGACAACAUUACCAGAAGUUUCCACAGCGCCCUCAUGUGUCCCGGCCCUGGCGAAAGCGAGCCCAGCUGUUGCCCCAAACCGACUUGCUUUUCGGCCCCCUGGACAACUUCGUAAACCUGCCUCGAGCAGUGGAGGCGCAAAGCAGCAUCCAACCUUAAAGCCAGCACCAGCUUCUGCUCCCUCCCCUCCUGCCUCUAUAGCAGCGCUGGGAGUCGCAACGUCGGCAGCUACGAAGCGGGCAAGCGCUAGCGUGCAAAAAGCAGCUGUACAAAGCAAUUUUUCGAAGCCCCCUCCGCCAGAAGCAGCUCAACAUGCUGUGCGAAGCAGACGACCCCUAGCCCAGCCCAGUCCAAUUGGGUACAAAGCGUCAGGUUUGCGCCGCCCAUUGGCUCCUGCGCAAGUCGCCCAGUCUAGGCCGCUUGCCCCCGUCAACUCGUCGACUCCCACCCCUGGUGGUGCAACAGCAUCGCAUGCCGCUGGCAAGGCUGCCGCCGCUGUGCCGGGUCCUUCGCCCGCCAGUCCUGCUGCCCGACGCCUUGACGGGAGCCCUGCGGCUGCUUUGAAUUCAGCCUCACAGCGGCAGGAAAGCAUCCAAGCGGAGCAGCCGGACACUGCAGCCCAGCAGCAUGAGCCCCUGUCCUUGCACAUCAACACAGACCUCCAAGCAGAGAACGGAGGUGACCCAGAUGCCGCCGCCGAAGCGCCCAGAGGCAGCCAGCAGCCCGCGUCACACGCCGCAACCGCGCCCUCAGCCGAGUCACACGCCGUAACCGCGCCCCCAGUCGCAUCACCUGUGCCUCUAGCCGCUGCUGCUGCGGCUGUCACGGAUGUCCCGUCGUGUCCAGGCGACCUAGAGACCAAACCCACAGGGAC